AUGUGUCUAUCCAAGACUCAUACAACCUCAUAUGGAAAAUUGAAAAUUGGAGCACUCCUUACCAAUGGCGCCGAUCCUGAUAUACUGGAAACAUAUGAAGCCGAACGGCGUUCAGUCGCCAAGCAGCUGAUGAAUCUGGAUUCUCGUCUUGUUCAAGCAUACGAGAAACAACAGAAAGAUACCUCGAGUGGGAUUUACGAAGUUCGCGAGCAGUAUGCUGGUUUUAUGGCUGGUGUCGACGUGGUAUAUGAACAUAGCAUCUUGACUGCCCAAGAAAGAAAACACUGUGAUUUAAACCUUGCAAAGAACGUCCAACUAGGCAUGCGUUUGCAAUAUGUCUCUAUUGUCUAUCAAUGCGAUGGAAUAGCUAUACACAUAGCCGAAAGUUUAUACGGGAUUAGGAAGGGCACUGUCCUCUUGUUGAGUUGCUCCUCAUACAGUCAAACCCCAGGAGCGCGGUCAAUCUGCUGGAUCUUCCAGAGAUUUUCCGUCCAUUUGAUAACACCAUGGGGUGGGACUACUGUAAGAAACCAAGCUUAUACAGGAUACGGCAUUGAUGAAGGCGGUCCAGGAUCUUUGGUACUAUGUCGGCCAGAUCAGCAUAUCGCAUGGAUAGGCAGUAUGGAGGACACGGCUGGCUUGGCAAACUAUUUCUCAGUCAUCUUUGGAAUGCAUGGUUAG